CUGGGGCCUUUGUCCCUGACACGCCGUCGGACCACCAUCUUGGGAUCUGGAGCCGGCCUCCCAGGUUCCGGGGACUCUGUCGGUACCGGCACGGUUCUGCGCCGCGCAGCGAGGACGCGGGGUGUCCGGACUCCGCCAUGAUGUAAACUUGAAUUCUGGGACAUCCCUGCGACACUAUUUCGAGAAGGCCCAAGACACUUUACUCCCUGUAGGCCGGAAACGGACACCGCAUGACCGGAGCAGAGUUCAUCUUUAAGUGGGCGCUGAGAUUCAGGCCAUGGACCGUAGCAGAAGGCUCAGUUCGAUGCCUCCCAGGCUCAUCUUGAUCAAGAGGCUCUAAUGCCACUUCUGUUUCUUGGUGACAUGCUGCUCCCUUGAGAACCACAGUGAGGACAAUGGAACUGGAAAUGAUGUUGGUAUCAUUUGAGGACGUAGCCGUGGACUUCACCCGGGAGGAGUGGCAGGACCUGGAUGCUGCCCAGAGGACCCUCUACAGGGACGUGAUGCUGGAGACCUACAGCAGCCUGGUGUCCUUGGGGCACUGCAUGACCAAACCUGAGUUGAUCUUGAACUUAGAGCAUGGACUUGGGCCAUGGAGCACGACAGAUGCCUCAGUCUGGAGCCUCUCAGGUGUCAACAAAAUGAGUAGCCUGGUCAAGACCAGCCAGAAAAAUGGAGACAGACAUUUCUGGCGAAUUGAAAUCGACAGAAAUGCUUCAAACGAAGAACUCAUUGAAGCAGAACUAAAGAUACACGAGGAAAUCCACCAAGGAUCAAAGCCCUAUGAAUGUGAAGUGUGUUUGGAAGCGUUGUACCUGAAGUCAGACUGUAGCAGAGAUCAGAGGUAUCACACGUGUGAGAAUCCGUACGAAUGUAAGGCGUGCAGACAAGCUUUCUAUCCUAAGUCUGCCUUCAGGCAGUGCCAGAGGCUCGGGAGGGGUGAGAAGCCCCAUGCAUGCAUGGAAUGUGGGAAAACAUUCUACUGCAAGUCCCACCUGACCGUCCACCAGAGGACGCACACGGGCGAGAAGCCCUAUGAAUGUAAAGACUGCAGUAAAGCUUUCUAUAGCAAGUCACAGCUCAACGUCCACCUGAGAAUUCACACAGGGGAGAAGCCCUACGAAUGUAAAGACUGUAGAAAAGCCUUCUACCGCAACUCCGACCUCACCGUCCACCAGAGGACACACACGGGCGAGAAGCCCUAUGCAUGCAAAGUCUGCAAUAAAGCCUUCUACUGCAAUUCCCAGCUCACUGUCCAUCACAGGACGCACACCGGUGAGAAGCCCUACGAAUGUCACGUAUGUACGAAAGCCUUCUACUGCAAGUCACAGCUCGCUGUCCAUCACAGGACGCACACUGGCGAGAAACCCUACGAAUGUAAAGAAUGCAGGAAGGCCUUCCAGUGCAGGUCGGACCUCACUCGACACUGGAGGACGCACACUGGCGAGAGGCCGUACGAGUGUAAUGAGUGUAGGAAAGCCUUCUAUCGCAAGUCCGACCUGACCGUCCAUCAGAGGACGCACACAGGCGAGAAGCCCUACGCAUGUAAAGAAUGCAGGAAAGCCUUCUACUGCAAUUCCCAGCUCACUGUCCAUCAGAGAUACCACACGGGUGAGAAGCCGUAUGAAUGUAAAGACUGUGGGAAAGCCUUCCAGUGCAAGUAUGAACUCACGCGACAUCAGAGAACACAUACAGGUGAGAAACCGUAUGUGUGUCUAGAGUGCAAGAAGGCUUUCUACACCAAGUCAGACCUCACUCGGCAUCUGAAAACGCAUGCAGAGGAGAAGCCCUACGAGUGUACAAAAUGUGGGAAGGCUUUCUCCCUCAAGACGUACCUCACUCAACAUCAGAAAAUCCACACAGGCAAGAAGCCUUAUGAGUGUGCAGAGUGCGGGAGAGCCUUCUACCGAUUAACACACCUCACGUUACAUCAGAGAACUCAUACGGGGGAGAAGCCCUAUGCUUGUACAAAAUGCCAGAAAGCUUUCUACUGCCAGUCCCAGCUUAAGCUACACCAGCGAACUCAUACGGGGGAGAGGCCUUUUAAGUGCAUGGAAUGUGGAAGACCUUUCUACUAUAAGUCACACCUAACUCGACAUCAGAGAAUUCACAGCAAUGAGAAGAAGCCCUUUGAAUGUGCAGAAUGUGAGAGAGCCUUCUACUGCAAGUCGGAUCUCACUGCACAUCAGAGGUCUCACACGGGUGAGAAGCCCUAUGCAUGUAUGGAGUGUAGGAAAUCAUUCCACCAGAAGUCCACACUCCUCCUACAUCAGAGGACUCACAUAGGCGAGAAGUCGUAUGCGUGCUCAGACUGUGGCAAAGUUUUCUACUGCAAGUCACAUCUCACUCUCCAUCAGACCAUACAUACAGAUACACGCCCCUAUGUGUGCACAGAGUGUGGCAAAUAUUUCUACUAUAAGUCACUACUCAUUGUACAUGGACGGAUUCACACAGGCGAUAAGCCCUAUAAAUGUGGAGAAUGUGGGAAAGCCUUCUCCCGCAAGCCACACCUCACUCGACAUCAAAGUACUCACACAGGUCAGAGUGAUCUGAAUGCAAAUCAGGUGGGACCGCUUUCUGCUGCUAGUCACACCAGGGAGCACACGCAUGUGGCAGGCGUUCUGAAGGAAAAGAAUGCAGGAUAGCUCUCAACUUCAUGUCACAAGUGACAGUGGGCGGCUCAGAUGAGGAGCCCCAA